GGUUUUAGUUUUAGCCUCUUCUUCUUCUUCUUCAUUUUAUUUGACUCUCUCUCUCUCUCUCUAAAAGAAAGGGUUUUAUUUCUCUCUCUAGGGUUAUGGAUAGAUACACGAAGGUGGAGCAGAAGAAAGCUGAUGUACCUAUUAAUGAAAAUGAGAUCAGAAUCACUUCUCAAGGUUUGGUUCGUAACUACCUCAGUUACGCUACUACUCUUCUUCAGGAGAGGCGCGGGAAAGAAAUUGUGUUGAAAGGAAUGGGACAAGCAAUCAGCAAGACAGUUGCCAUUGCAGAGAUUAUCAAGAGAAACAUUCCUAGAUUGCAUCAAGAUACGAGCAUCAGUUCAGUAAGCAUAACCGACGUAUGGGAACCGAUUGAAGAGGGCCUUCUACCUGUGGAGAUGACUCGCCAGGUGUCGAUGAUUUCCAUUACCUUGUCAACUAAGGAACUAAACAAGAAUUCACCGGGGUACCAAGCUCCACUCAAUGUAGAGAGACCGAGGCCACAAUAUAACAACUAUCAAAGGCAACAAGCAUACAAUGCAGUAAACGAAGGUGGAAGAAACUAUUAUAACAACAUGGGCCGUGGUCAAGGUGGCGGGAUAAGAGGAGGCAGAGGUCGUGGCUGGAACAGGGGCGGAUAUGGGAACCGAGGCGGUGGAUAUGGAAGCUAUCAAGGCGGGGAUGGGUACAAAAACUACCAAGGCGGUGGUGGAUAUGGUGGCUACCAAGGCGGCAGGGGGUAUGGCAACUAUCAAGGUGAUGGCAGUGGUAAAUACGGAAACUACCAAGGCGGCAGGCAGUAUGGCAACUAUCAAGGUGAUGAAUACAGAAACUACCAAGGUGGCGGUGAAUAUGGAAACAGUCAAGAUAAGAAUGGUUACUCAAACAGUCGAGGUGGUGGUCGUCGGGGAAAUGCAGGCUACCGUGGAGGAGGGUACAUGAGAGGUGGCGGCAGCGGCAGGGGUGGUGGCAGAUUUAAUGGAAGAGGCAGGGGAAGGAUGGGCGGGCGACCUUGGGAUGGCGGUGAUCCACAGCAACAGUAAACUGAAGUCGGGUGUUUUGUUGCCUUAAUGUUGGGAGUCUGUUGGUUAUCUACUGCAUCCCUUAAAUGGUUUAUUAAGCAGUAAGUAUAAGUAUUGGUUGCAAUAUCCUAAGGCUCCUAAUAUAUGAUAUAUUAUAUGUUUUUUCUUCCCUAUUUUGGGAGCUAUGUUGUUAUUUCUGGUUUUUUUAUAGCAAAAGAAGAAAGUUUUGGUGCACUUAUCUUGGACCUUGUCUAUGGCCCAUGAAAGGUUGCUUUUUGUUUUAUAUUUUAUAUAUAUUUUUUUUCUUUCUACAUCUCAAAAAUAUUGGUCUUCUGUGCACCUGGGAUGGUUUGGGCCUGGCCCAUUUAACUGAUUCAAACUGAUUUGGGCUUUUC